GUCACGUGGUGGGCGGGGCGGUGCGCGGCGCGGUGAGGAGGGGCCGUGCGGGGCCGGGGGCGCGCAGAGCGCACAGACCGCCGCCAUGUUCGGGGGGCUCGGCAGGUGCUUCGAGGAGGAUCCUUUCUUCAGGGAUCCCUUUGCUGCCCACCAUGAGCACAUGAGGCAGAUGAUGAGGAGCUUCUCGGAGCCCUUCGGGAGGGAGCCGUUCCCGAGCCUGCCCGAGGGCAGGGACAGAGGGGAGCGAGCGCUGGAGCGGAGGGCGCGCCCGGACUCCCGGCUGGCACCGCGCGGGACCCGCAGGGUACGUGUCCCACUGCCCGGGGAACGUGUCCCACUGCCCGGGGAAUGGGCAUUUCCUGGGAAACACGGCCCGGGGAACCUUGGUGCCGCUGUUUCACCACCCAGUGCAAUGGGAAUAACUCCUCUCUUGGCUCAUCCCUGCCAGGCUGAGCUCAGCUCUGGGUGUUCCCUGCUCAGUCACACACGUUAUUCCACGGACAAACCAAACACUUCAUGCUUGGUUUAGUCAAGAUUAUGUAGU